AUGCUGGCUGGCUGGCUGGUUGGCUGGCUGGCUGGUUUGAAGGUGAGAGGUCACCCUCGUUGUCAUCGCGACGCCAUUUUCGUGGCGGCGCAGUCAACUUGGUCUCGAGGGCUGGCCUUCUAUGCUAAAAGGGCACACUGGCCUGACAGCCCUGGCAGCCCUGGCAGCCAAUUUAGAGGCAGCAGUCAAUCUAUGUCCGCCCGGUUGUCCAAGAAAAGGUUAUCUUGCUGCCUCUGUCAGACUGGGCGGCACAAUUUAUGCGGCCAGGCCAAUGGAGCAGCGAGGCCCGAAGAGAAUGAGGAGGGUGAGGCAAGGAGGCAAGCCAAGAGGACGACUUGGAGUGGUGCCAGACUGUGGAAGCCAUUGGCCUGA